AUGAGAUUAAUAGAUUAUCAACUUGAAUUGCAACAUCACCCGAAAAAAAUUAAAUCAAUAGAUAAAUAUCAAAAAGAUUUGGUUCAGUGUAUCAAAUUAGCAGAUGAAUGGGAAAUUGAAACGAUUAUGAUUGAAGGAGUUAAAAAACAUUUGAAUGCCCUUGAUGAAGAGUAUGAACAAGCACAAAGAAGAACCGAAGUCAUGCAAGACACGAUCUCAAGAGUUCAUUCAGGUAUAGAUAACAAAAGAAAAACAGGCAUCAAAAGACAAAAUAAAACACAAGAGAAAGAGUUGGAGGAAAUGAGUUUACAAAUUGAAUUUGAAAAAGAAUCACAAUUAAUCACAAAUGAAAAGUACAUUAUUGUAUGA